ACGACACAACGACGAACCUCCAGUAAAAGAGAAACACUGUACUAACAAUGCACCAACCAGAGAAAAAACACCAAACAGGAUGCCACCAACAACGCAAGACACCAACCAGCAAAAGAAGCACCAUCUAGACGACACCGAUGACACAAGAAAAGCACCAGCCAAUGAAAAAAGAACCAAACUGGACAACACCAAUGACGAAUCUACUAUCUAA